UGACGGGGCUGUGACUGCCAAAAAACCCCAUGAGCAAUAUCACCUUUUUGCAGAGCCCAGAGAGAAGGGGAAGUGUGAAAGAGCAGCCGGCUUCAGUCAGCACACGGCUGAGAAACGCUCAAAAAGUGGAUUCUGAUUCUCCCCAGCAGGUCUGACCAGAAAUCGGAAGACGAUGGCUCAGGGCUGCCUGAACUGUCUGAAGUACACGAUGUGUAUCGCCAACUUCCUGUGCUUCGUGUGUGGGGUGGCGGUUCUGGCCCUGGGCGGGUACCUGAUGGUGAACUUCAACUUCACGUCCCUCCUCCCCUCCUUGGCCUCCAUGAACGUCCCCAAGUCGCUGCUCAUCUGCGGCAUCGUCAUCACCUGCGUGUCCUUCCUGGGCUUCUUCGGCGCCCUGAAAGAGAACCGCUGCCUCCUCAUGACGUUUUUCACGGUGCUCUUCAUCCUGAUGCUGGUGGAGCUGGUGGCAGCAUGCCUUCUGCUCAUGUACGAGAAAGAGAUAUCUGAGGGAAUAGAAAACGAUCUCCGAAAGGGUAUGAACCAAGUGAGGAACGGCAAUGCAACAGAUCUGAGCGAGUGGGACCUGAUCCAGGAAAAUUUUGCUUGCUGUGGAAUAACGAAUUCCAGUGACUGGGGAGAUAUGGUGCCCAAAUCCUGCUGCGUGAGCAAAUGUGAAACCCCAAAGCCACCGUACAAGGCAAAGGGCUGUUUGUCCAAGCUUACCGCGUGGUUUGAGGAAAAUUUCCUGAUUCCAGGGAUUUGUGUCAUCGUAAUCUGCGUGAUUGAGGUGUUGGGGAUGUGCUUUGCCAUGACGCUCUUCUGCCACAUCAGUAAAUCCGGACUGGGUUACAAGCUAUAAACCCCCCCUCCAAAAUGGAGUUUGGAACGGAGGUCGUUGUACAGCUCGAAUUAGAAAUGUUUUUUAAGAAUGCAGAGAGUGCUAAAGAAUCAACAAAUUGUUUUCUUCAUAUCAGCAUUAUCUUCAGUAUCGGUUUUAAUUUGCUUUUUUGAGCUUAAAAGCAGAAGGAACCUCCAUCUGCAUGAACCGUGUGCAGCUCCUGAGUCUGAGCAAGGAAAUGAAGCUUUGUAAAUAGCCUGCUUGUUGCUUUCCGUGUAUCUAUUUGACAGUUUCUGAAAGGUAAUGGUUUGUAAAAUAUGAUCUUUCACAAAAAUAAUUGUCAGGUAACGUGUACAAAAUAAAUAAAUGAAGUGUUUGUGGGAUGAGGGGCAGCUUUUGUACCGUUCGGCUGUUCAGAUGAAGUAGAUUUCCUGCCACAGACGUGCAGCCUGCUGAUCUGUGGUGGGGCCUCAAAAAGAACCAUUUCCUCCUCUGACUCUUUAAGUCCGUGUCGGGGCUCGGAAGGCUUCACACACGACGCUCGAGACAAAGAGUAACACGGAUGAAUUUAUUUAUUUCAAGAAUAAAUCCUGCAUCAAUAUUUUAAGACAAAAAAAAAAAAGCUAAAAAAAUACUAAGAUUUCCUUUACACUUUAAAAUUAUUUUGUUCUUUUUGAAACCAUCACACAAAAAAAUAGAAACGG